ACUCUACUCCGAACCUCGUCUCCAGAAUUCUUUUAAAUUCUGCAAACAAAUUGGGGGCUCGUGUCCGGGAUCCAAUCUGCGUUGGGGCUCUGAGGGGUCCCCCUCAGGUGCACCCCUUUCCUUUUUUGAGAGGAGGGGAACCACCCAGAGGACUACGUAGCUUUUGGAAGCCCGUAAAAAUUGUGUCAUAGACGAACAGUAGGAGGGGAGUGAAUAAAAUAAGAAAAAGCCUGAAGACAGACCGGAUAACUCCUGCGCGCGGACCCUGGUGAGUACUGGUUUUGAAAACACCAGAGCACAAGACCCAGGGCGGUCAGGGAGUGUGUGAAUGUGAGAACUGGCAGCGGGGCUGGGUAUAAGUCCUUUUGAGGACGGAGUGAGUGAUGGGGAUAUUGUGAAUAUCCGGAGACGGUGAUGUGUGGAAUUGAAAAGAGCUGCUGGGAGGGACACAGAAGCACACACUUAAGGGAGGGCUACCUACCCAUAUAAGAGAUGGGGGGAAAUACAAGUUCAGCUGAGAAAGGAACACAGUGUGUAAAGAAAAUUAGAAAGAAUCCUAAGCUUAAAAUUGACCCGAAUGGCCCAUUGGGCCAAAUGCUGGCUGGAUGGGGGUCCCCACCUUAUAAUCGGGAAAUUUUAAGAUUAGGAUUGACUAAAGAAAAUAUGGUAAAUUUAUGCUGUUUUAUUUGGUGGCAAGAUGAUAAUGUUGAGUGGCCGCGGGACGGCUCUAUGAAUUUCUUUAAAUGCCGUAAUCUAUAUGAUUAUGUGAAACAGAAAAAGUGUAAACAUUUGGACAAUGAGUUAGAUUAUGCUCUGCUCUGGAACCCGGACCUUUGGCCAUCAGAACGUAUUCUGAUGGUGAAGCCCGGAGAGCAGGAAGAAGAGGAAGAAGCCCCAAAAAGGGAUUUGUUGAAAAAUAUCCCUCCUCCGUAUAAUCCAGUUCAUAUCCAAAAUCCCCCACACCCGGCUAAUGCAGUAACUCCCCCAUUAUAUCCUGGAAUGCAGGGAGGGAUAAGCCAAUUUACCCCAGGGCAGUGGCCUGGUUCUCCGAUGCCCGUAUUAAGUCCACAGGGAGGGGAGAACCCAGUUUGGACUCCUAAUUGUCACACACCCCCCAUCCCGUCCUUAAUGCCAUACUCUCCGGGGGUUGAUGAGAAAACAGGAUGUUCAAAGGACAAAUUGGAUAGUGCAAGGAAGAAUUUAAUAAACCAAUUGGGUGAAGAGGAACAGGUUAAGCAAUUUCCUCUAAGAGAGACCCCGAAUGGAGUAAAUGCCCAAGGGGCCCCAAUUAUAACAUAUGUACACGAACCGCUAAGGGCAACGGAGGUUCGGGCAUUUAAAAAGGAAAUGAAAAACUUCAUUGAGGAUCCAUUAACAGCUAGCGAUCAAUUGGAUUCCCUAUUAGGACCUAACAUAUAUACUUGGGAAGAAAUACAAAAUAUAAUGGGUAUUUUGUUUAGCCCCGAAGAGAGAAAUUUAAUCAGAGUAGCCGCCAUGGCAGUGUGGGAAAGAGAAAACCCUGUGGUGGCGGGAGGGAAUCAAGAUAGAGGAGAUACUAAAUAUCCCCUGGUAAAGCCAAAUUGGAAUAAUAAUGAAGCAGAGGGGAGAAGAAACAUGCAAGAUUUAAGAUCAAUAAUUAUAAAGGGGAUGAGGGAAGCAAUACCAAGAACUCAGAACAUGGCUAAAGCCAUGGAUAUAGAGCAGGGAAAGGAAGAAGCACCAGCUACAUUUUUGCAACGUCUCAAGGACGGAAUGCGAAAGUAUGCGGGGGCGGAUCCUGACGAUGCCCUAAAUGUACAGAUAGUUAAAAUUCAAUUUGUAACUAAAGCAUGGCCAGACAUUGCAAGGAAAUUACAAAAGAGAGAGAAUUGGGCUACAGAAUCUUUAGAAGUUUUGUUAAAGGAAGCGCAGAAAAUAUAUGUGAAUAGGGAAGAGGAAAAAGUGAAGAAAUUGAACACUGGUGUAGUGAAAUAGUAGAUUUAGAAACAAAAAUCAGGCCAGAUUUACAGGAUACCCCUUUGGAAAAAGGAGAAAGAUGGUACAUUGAUGGUUCUUCACGAGUGGUAGAAGGGAAAAGACAAAAUGGAUACGCUAUAAUCCAGGAGGGCACAUGGGCUCUUCUAGAAGGGGGGAGAUUGCCAAACCAUUGGUCUGCACAGGCAGCCGAAUUGUAUGCCUUGAAAAGAGCUCUCAUAUUGGGGGAAAAAUCAAAUUUAACGAUUUACACCGACUCUAAAUAUG